CCCGGAAAAGCCGGGUCAUGUUGCCGUGGUGUUAAAAACUCACAUGGCAUGGCCACUGCUACGCAUGCAGACAUGGGGGAGAUCGAAAAGGAACCACAUCGCCCGAAAGUCACAGAUGCUAAGGGAAUUCUUAAACAGAACAGAGAAUUCCUCGAUUUCUUCUGGGAUAUCGCAAAGCCCGAACAAGAGACGCGACUGAAAGCAAUCGAAAAUCUUAUUCAGUAUUUGAAAAAGAGCGAAAAGUCGGAUGAGCUGAAGUACACACUGACGAGGUUGGUGGACGGCCUCUCCCACACACGAGAAGCGGCUCGUCCAGGCUUCAGCUUGGCUCUGGCACAGGUUUUAAGUGUGUUUGAAGAGGUCCAACUGGAAACAGCACUUGGAUAUAUCAAGCAAAAACAUGAUCUGCAGAAAGUGAAGAAGAAACUAAUCAGGAAUGCUGCAUUUGGGAACUUCUUCGGUGUGCUGUCACUCUCCCAGUCGGGGCGACUCCCAAAGGAGCCCCCGGUCCUGCUGGAGUGUGUUCAGCUCCUGCAGAGCCUGGCCCUUUACAGAGAACACCUGAAGGACCUGCCCAGGAAAACCAUGGUGGACAUCUUGUCUGAGACUACCGAGGAGGUGUUUGAGGAGGCUCUACUGGGCGCUCUGCAGAGCGAUCUGUCAUCAGCCUUCAGCACCCCAGAGCAGCUGCAGCUCCUCCUGGUGGCCAUGCAGAGGUUCCCUGGUGUUCUCAAGCCUAAGAAACUGAAAAAGCUUCUGGGGACCUCCACUGUCGUCACCGAGGACAACAUCCCAAAGCUGAUUGAGGUGUUAAAGAUGGCCGCCCGCUCCGUGAAGAAAGACCGCUUGCUCCCAGCCGUGGCGCUAGACCUGCUGCAGGUGGCCCUGAAAGAAGAAAGCUUUCAGCUGUUCUGGAGAGAGGUUGUGGUUCACGGGCUGCUGACUGACCAAUCGGGACCCAACAACUACAUGUGCUACCGGCUCCUGGGCAGUGCCCUGCCCCUGUUGUCCCUCCCUCAGCUGCAGCAGGUGCUCACUGGAGAGGUGAUGAGGCAUUACGGGGAACACGUGGUCUCUGCUCAGCUCCCUGACCGUUUCAAGUUCUCCCCGGAGAUGGAGACGUACGUCGGGGACUUCCUGCAGGGCUGCGCAGACCCCGAGAAGCAGCUGGCCGUGAUUCUGGGUUUCACCAAGCUCACCAACCAGGGCUACCCGGUGGUGCCCAGCUUCUGGAGGGUGGUGCAGCACCUGGAGCCGUCCGUGCUGCGGAGCUACGUGGACUGGCUGAAGGGCAUGUUCACCCACCCACAGCUGGAGACCUGCCUGGAUUUCAGCACCCGCCGGCAGCAAGAGAACCAGGAGUCUGGAGUCCAGAACGAGCACUGCGUCUUCCGGCUGCGCAAGUGGAUCAUCCCGCGCCUCACCUCCAUCCUGGAGAACCACCAGGUGAAGAAGGAGGAGGACCUGGUGAUGGACGUGGCCAGAUUUGUGAUCUUCCACACCUUCUUUGUGGCCAAAAAGUCCACCCCUGAUAUCCCGGAGACGCAGAGCAUCCUGUCAGUACCGCUGGAUGAGAAGACCCGUUCAGUCAUAGUCAACCCCUUCUUUGGGCUCCUUCAACACCUAAACCAUCGUCACCCGCAGGGCGAGGCCCCCGAGGCGCCAGCCCAAAACGAGAAGCGCGCUCAGGGCGUGACGGCCGACGGCACGCUGUGGAUCUACCGCCUGGUCCAGUACGCCGACGUCCUGCUGAGGGAGACCAAAUACGUGCAGUGCGCUCAACCGUUCACUCCGCAACAGAAGGAGAGCUGGGAUAGUAUGUUGAGGUCAGUGGAGGCUCUUCAGAAGAAGGCGAAGAAGGCACAGACCGCGGAGACCUCUGCCUUCCAGCAGCUGUUCCUGCUCGUGGGCAUAUACCUCUUCAGGGCAGCAGAGGAAAGUGUGGACUUAAUGCAGGAUCUGCAGAACUGCCUAGAGAAAGCCCAGGUGAAAAAAGCCAAGAAGAAGAAGAAAAAGGCCACAGGUGCGGAGGCGGAGGACGAGGAGCCGCAGUGGGUGGAGGUGAUGGUGGACAUCCUGCUGUCCCUCCUGUCCCAGCCCAGCCGCUUCGUCCGGCAGGUGUGCCGCACGGUGUUCGCCGGCGUCUGCCCCCACGUCACGCCGCGGGCGCUCAACGCCAUCUUAGACGUGCUGGAUCCUCGUAAGGACGAAGAGGAAAGUUCGGUCAUGGUAACAGACGAGAAAGACGAGGGCAAAAAAAGAAAGCGAGACAGGGAGGAAGAGGAUGAAAACGAUGACCAGGAAGAGGAUGACGAGGAGAGCGAGUCAGAUAAAGACCCUGAUGAUGAUGAUGAUGAUGAUGAUGAUGGAGCUUUGGAGGAGGAUGAACAAGAGGACGUGGGGGAUGAAGAGGAGGUGGAUCAGAAUUUUCGCCUGGAGCUGAUGAAGGUUCUGCAGGGUCAGAACGCUUUGGCCACCGAGGGCGACGACAGUGAGGAUGACGAGCUGGACGACGAGUCCAUGAUGAAGCUGGACGGCAGCAUCUCCGCACUCUUCGCCGAGCAGAAGAAGAGGAUCCAGGCCAAGAAGGACGAGAAGGAGAGAUUUCGCAAGGAGAAGAACCUUGUCAGGGACUUUAAGAUCAAGGUGCUGGACCUGGUGGAGGUGUUCCUGUCCAAGCAGCCGGAGAGCCCGCUGGUCCUGGGCAUCAUCGAGCCCCUGCUCAGUGUCAUCGAGAACAGCAUGAGCUCUGACACCAACCAGCAGGAGCAGGACUUCCUCCGCAAGACGGCCGACAUCUUCAGGAAUCAGCUGUGCAGAGCGAAACGUUACUCCAAGAAUGUGUCGGGCAUGGAAGAGGACCUGCAUGACAUGAUGGAGAGGGUGCUGACCAGGGCCCAGACGCUGGCCGACUCCUCCGUCUCCCUCUACUUCUUUAGUGCGGCUCUCUACCUGGUGAAGGUCUUGAGGGGCGGUGUGUCUCCCACUGCUGCAGGGACAGAGGUGGAGGGUGGAGAAGAUUCCUCACCUGCACAACAGGGGGCAGCCAUGGGCAGUGUUGAUGUGGAGAGGGUGACCUCCCUCUUUCAGCGGGCUCUCCGCUCCUUCAUGACCCGCAGGAAGAGUGCGCUGUCGGGGGCCAUGUUCACCGACCUGUUCACCAGAUUCCCAGUAUUGUGUGUCAGGUUGCUGGAUUCUGCAGUAGAAUACAUCACAGAGGGAGUGAGGCAGCAUCAAGAGGGUCAGGCUUGCCUCAUCGUGUUGAGGGGUCUGCAGACAAAGGAGGUGCGGCAGCUCAUGACCAAUGCCCAGUUGGCGGAGCUGUGCCAGAAGACUGUUGGUCAGCUGGCGGAGAGUCUACGCUCCAUCACUGGGUACAAGAUUAAGGUGGUCCAAGAGAAGAUGGUCAGAGCUCUGGAGCUCAGUCAGUUCAUCGUCCGAACCGUUCAGCAGCAGAAGCUGUCGGUGAACCUGGAGCCCCUGAAAGAGGUUUUGCAGCACAUGAACCAGCUGGAGGGCUUCCGAAAGACGGGCCACCUGGAGGACACGUACUGGAGUGUGAUGAAACAUUUUGGGAUCCUCAAGCCAAAAGUGGAGAAGGUUAAGAAGGCUGCGGACGAGCAGGCCCAACAGUCCGCCCCCAAGAAGAAGAAAGGCUUCCUCCCCGAAACCAAGAAGCGCAAAAACCGCAAGAAGCCGGCACCGCUGGAGGGGACGGGGCCCGCGCCGCGGGAGGGGAAGGGGCCCAUGCCUCAGGAGGAGGGCGGCACUGCUGGGGGCGCCACCGCGGGGGGCGCCACCGCGGGGGAACCGGGGAAGAAGAAAAAGAACAAAAACAAGAAGAGGAAGCAGCAGGCUGGCGGGAAAGAACCGGGCCAGGCGCCCCCCAAGAAAGCCAAGACGCAGCCGGCCACCAAACCCAAGAAGAAGAAGAAACAACAGCAAGGAGGCGAUGCUUAAACUACAAAAUGUCGUUCAUGAACAUUGUAUAAAAACCCCCGUGAAGCAGAUGGGCUCCUCUGCCCGUUUUUGUAACUUGUUCUGUGACGUUCUCCUGUAAAACAUUAAACGAUGUACAUAAAUACAUCUGAUGGGACACAAAGCCAAAAACACAUCUAGUUUUUAAAAAAUGAUUUAGCCUUGAUCCUGAUUUUCCCCUGUGUUGAGUUUGCAGUCUUGUCAAAGGAAUCUUUGUUUUUUGUUUUUUAAUCUGCAGGUUGUACACUAACAACCCCUUUGUACAAGAAGAUGGUUUUAAAUGAAAACACAUUUUAUUGUGCACUUUGUCUUUGUUUAUUUGAGACAUUUAACAAACGAUUAUAGAUUACAUUUCCACAAGGCGGCAUGAAAAGCUCCAACGGAAAUGAACUCUGCCGACUGUAUAUUCUAAUCGUGCGUUUCAUUGGUCAAAAAGAAACCGUAAAAGUCUGCAGACUUCAAAUGAGCUGGCUGGUUUUAUUUGAAGUUAGCUAGCUGGCUGCUGCUUCUGUGUUGGCAAGCUAGUAUGUGUAAUUGCAUGAGGCUCAUUUGAAUAAUUGGACAACAAAUACAAGGGGUAAAUGAUGGCAAUGAAACGGUUAUGAUUUGUUCGUAUUUAUGGUUUUUGGCUAUGUGAUGCUUAACCAAUGAAAAGAGAUGGUCAUGGAAACUAUGCCAGUGACCUAAAUUUGAGGUGUCUUUUGGCAAUCGUGGUAGGCUUGAUUAUCUGAACUGUUGCCCUGGAGAACAGAUACACCUAGUUCAACGUUAACAUUUUCAGUUAUUCAUGAGGGCAGAAUAAUUCAUAAUGAUGAGAAAAAGCCAUUAGGGUUUGUACUGUAUUUUACUGACUUCUGCUCUUAUUUAGUUGAAUAGCUUGACUGUCUAGAGAGAUGUACUGUACCUGUACAUAGCAUUUCUCAUUAAAAUAUCCACUAAAUUUA